UAUUUGUAUAAGGAUGUUGGCGGUUUCGCAUCGCAAAACUGAAAACAAGAUCAUUUUUCUAUGUAUCCUGAAAGAAAUGAUGUAAAUUACUUUCGUUUUUGAUUUCUUUCUUGUGAAAGUAGAAUUAUUUCUAUUUCCCGAACGAUUGCUGAUAUUUCUAUCUUACAGAGCUGCAAUUUUAAUUAACUUUUUUUAGUCAACUCAAGAGGUUUUUAAAUUCUAUAGUGGUUGUGUCCGCCAUGUUUUCACCACCAAAUAUUAAGUUCUACUUUUUGCGAAGUUUUUAAGUUUGUGUGCAUAAUGAUUUUAAUCUGCUGAAUUGUGCUGUCAAAGAUAUUUGAAAUCGUUUGCGAUAUUAAUAGUGUUUGAAGUGAUUGAAAAGUGGAGCGUUUUCUACGUAUACAUACAUGGCAAGAUUCGUAAUUGAUAAAAGCGAAGAAACGUAAAUAUCAUUGACAUUGCCCUAGAAGUUGUUUAGCAUCAACUGUAAAUUUUUUUUUUCUUCUGUAAAAUAUAGGCAUCUAUCAAAAUGGAUGAAACUAGCUUGGAGGUUGUGCAGGCUUCAGAAAUGUAUCCUAAGCAAUCGUUUACUGCAGAUGAUGGUGAAACAGCUAUUCCUUUUACUCUUUUGAGUGGUGAAAAUCCAAUAUUCAAAGGACAUUCCUCUUAUGGUGUGAUUGUUAUUACUAACUACAGGUUUUAUCAGUCGGAAGGACCGUACAUUAAUAUUCCUUUGGGUCUUAUAGAUUCAGUUGAUUGUAGAGAAAUCAUUUAUCUUUGUAUAUAUUGUAAAGAUGCACAAACUUUCAGAUGUACUUUUGAUAAUACUGAUGAUAUACGCAAGUGGUUAGAAAGGAUCCAAAGUUGUAUCAAGAUGCCCGAAAAGAUUGAUCAGUGUUUUGCCUUUCGUUUUUUGUCUUGGACACGGGAGGAACAAAAAGAAGCACUUAUGUCUCAGUCUACAACUCAGCUUGAAGUGUUAAAGGAUCAGCCUCCUGAUAAUACACUACGGGAAGCUCAAAGAAUGGGUUUUGAUCUACAGCAUGUAUGGAAGAUUAGUAAAAUCAAUGAAAAUUACAAAUUCUGUCCUAGUUAUCCCCGUUAUAUAAUUCUUCCUGCGAUAAUGAAUGAUUCGGAAUUGUUGGAUUUGGCUAAUUAUCGAUGUUCAAGGCGAAUACCAGCUGUUGUGUGGAGGCAUCCCCGAAAUGGUUGUGUUAUAGCACGUUGCAGUCAGCCAAGGCUUGGCAUUUUGAGUUGGCGAAAUCAAUAUGAUGAGAAGCUACUAGAUGCUAUUGUUUCAGCUUGUACUGCCGAUAAAGAAGAGACAAGGUUAAAAAGACCUGUUGCGAAUGAAACGGAUUCAGACUUGUCAAUGUCUUUUGAUCAAGAUUCCAUAGGAAUACCCGAGAAAAAGAGACUUCUAAUUGUGGAUGCACGAUCCUUUACAGCUGCUUUUAGCAACAGAACAAAAGGUGGUGGUUAUGAAUCUGCUAGUUACUAUGAAAAUUGUGAUGUGACUUACAUGAAUUUGGUUAAUAUUCAUUAUAUACGUAGUAGUUUUGCUGCUCUGAGAACCCUUUCAUCCUUGACUGAUGACAACAAUUGGCUUUCAACUCUUGAAAAUACCAAAUGGCUACAUUAUAUUUCGGCUUUGCUGAGAGCUGCAUUGGUAGUUGUAAAUGCUGUUGAAGUGGAAGAAAGGCCGGUACUUGUACAUUGUUCUGAUGGGUGGGACAGGACACCACAGAUUGUAGCAUUGGCUGAGAUAAUGCUGGAUCCAUAUUAUAGAACAAAAAAGGGUUUUCAGGUCCUUGUAGAACGAGAGUGGCUGGAGUUUGGUCACAAGUUUGCUGAUCGAUGUGGAAAUCCUGGUGGUGUUGAUGACAAAAAUGAAAAAUGUCCAGUAUUCCUGCAAUGGUUGGAUUGUGUUUAUCAGCUUUUGAAACAGUUUCCUUGCCACUUUGAAUUUAAUGAGCAAUAUUUAACACGCUUGGUACUUCAUACUUAUUCUUGUCUUUUUGGCACAUUUUUAUGUAAUACUGAAGAAGAGAGAAAAAACCACAGUGUGCCUUUAAGGACAUUUUCUAUAUGGCCUGUGUUGCAUGACAAAUGUCAGUUUCAUAAUUAUCUAUAUAAUCUUAGUACUGAGGUUUUAAGACCAUCUUGUCAAAUCAGGUGCCUGAAAUUCUGGAAUGAAGUAUAUGUUCCAAAUAGUUCAGUUGGCCUUGGUAAACCAACUGUUCCUCCUGUAGAAGAGCCAGAACCAGACUUGGUUGAAAGCAUACCAGAAAAAACAAAUCUAGUGAAAACUAAAUCUUGUGAUGACAUUCACAGUGCGGAACAUUUAGAGACCUUACAUAGGCGGAAAAGUGACCCAAAUCUUAUAGAAAACUCUUUCACAGAAUCCGUUGCUUGUUCGCAAUUAUUGGACUUAAAUAAAGAAGUAAUGUGUGAUUCAGAUACUGUUGAACCUCCACUUCCUUUUAAAUAUUUGGAGGAAGAUAUAGAUGUGCCUACUUGUGAAAGGACAGAUGAUGAAAUAGGUGACAUAGUUAAUUCAAAUCUUGUUCUCAGACAUCCUGCCAUUGAUGGCUCUACCGAUACAUUAGUCAGUGAAAGUGGAGCACUGAUUCAAGAACAGCAGGGAAGUAAAAAUAUCUCUAAAGAAUUAUUCGAUGCCUCUCUAGAUUUAAAAUCUGUAUGUGACACUAGUACCGACACAAGUGAUUUGCCAGUUUCUCUCGAGGACGUUUUGUUAUUUGUUACAAAUCAUGCUAGCCUUACAGAUAACAGGCUUUCCAGCUUUCCUAGCUGGUAUCAAGAUGUGAAUGAAGCUCGUAUGAGUAGCAAGAAGAAUGAUCAUUCCAACUCUUGCAGCUGUAGCUAUGCUACCCCAAAUCAUUCACGUACUCCAAGCUCCGGCUUUCCUGCAACCCCCUGUGAUGACUCCAGUGAUUUGCCAAAUCUAAAAAAGGAUUCUCAUCUCUGUCAAAUCAUGGAAUUUGAUGGACUAAACAUACUACCAGAUUAUAUUCAAGAUCGAAUCAAAAAGCUUAUUUUGCACUAUAAGAAUAAAGUUGGAAAUCUAAAUACCCAACUGUCUGAAUUACGAUUAGAGUUCCUCCAGCAUAUAUGCCGUCACUAUCAAGGAAAAGAAGGCCGUUGUAGAUUGGAUGAAGAUGCUCCAUCUUUGGCAGAUUCUGCUUCUAGUGGUGAUCAUCAGGUGGAAAGUGAGGGUUCUGAAAGUAGCUGGGAUUUACUCUAUUCAUCCGAUCAUGGAGCGACAGGAGUUGGCAUGUAAAUGAGUUUCGUGCCUGCCACUACUCCAAUGCAUAUGGAAAAACAUCAUACUUCACUAAGACACAAGCAUGACUUGCUUCUCAAAGGAUCCUCUUCUUUCCUGUCAAGAAAAUAGAAUCUUAAUUGCCUUUAGUCUUAGUUGGGGUUGAUUUCUCUGUACCAAUCCAAAUGUUGCUUUCUAAUCAAGGUUUCAGUAAACUCAAGCUGCACCUCCAAUACUUGUUGUUGGUGUGUUAUUUUUGUUAUGUCCAAACUGAUAUACAUAUGUUUAGUUUUUAUUUAUGUUUCGUUUUGAAAUUCUAUUUUGUUCAAGUAUCCCAUAAGCACUUUGUGUCUCUUGUUUUUAUGUGUGAUAUUAAAGAGUAAUUUGUUGGAA